AUGGCUGACUCUAAAAAGCCCGCUGUUUUGAUUGUUGGUGGUCUCGGCUUCAUUGGUCGACACCUCGCGCUAUACAUCCACGAAAACAAUCUAGCCUCGGAAGUCCGUUUGGUAGACAAAGUUCUACCACAAUUAGCCUGGUUGGCUCCAGAAUUCGAAGAAGCAUGCUCCAAGGAAAAGUUCGUCCAGGCAGACGCCAGCCGCGAACAACAUUUCCCGCGCAUCUUCGACCGAGCCAAUGGCGAACAAUUCGACUACGUGAUUAACUGCGGUGGCGAAACACGCCAUUCCCAACCGGACGAUGUCUACGAAGUGCGCAGCUACGCCCUCUCCCUCGCGCUCGCCAAGGAAAUCGCCCGACGCGGUAUCCCCGCCUUCGUCGAGACCUCCACCGCGCACGUGUACAAGGGCGGCUCAACGCCACGUAAGGAGACAGACAAACUCACCCCCUGGAACAAACUGGCCGCGUGGAAACUCAAGGCCGCGGAGGAAUUGUGUAAAAUUCCAAACUUGCAGUACUGCGCCUUACGUAUGCCCCACGUCUACGGUGCUUACGACCCGGGCUACUUCGCGACCGGUAUUUGUCUAUCGGCCGUCCAUGUCGAUCUCAAGCAAGACCUGGUCUUAAUGCAUACCAAGGACUUAAAACUCAACACCCUGCACGUCAAGGAUGCUGCGAGUGCGCUGUUCGAGGCUGCUAAGUGGCGUGCCGCGAAGGGGCUCAUCGAUCCCAAGGAUGGCAUUGUUGCCUUCAACGUUGUCGAUCAUAAUGACACGAAACAGGAACACGUUGCUCAAGCCUUGACGGAGGUCUUUGGUCUCGAUGUCACGUACAUCGGGUCGCUUGCUUCGCAGCUUGCCAAGUUGAAUCUGGACGAUGUCCUGGAUGAUAUGAAUGAGGUCAGUCUGCAGACUUGGGCUGAACUCAUCGAGAGAGCAAAAAUCACGCGGCCUGGACCGAUCAGUCCGUUCCUAGAACGUGACGCUGUCAAGGGUGACGAUAUGUCCAUUGAUGGCUCAAAGUUCGAGAAUGAGACUGGCUGGAAGCCAUUGUACCCGAACUUCGGGGCUGACAGCAUCCGCGAAAUCGUGGACAGCUACAAGCGUCUGGGCUGGUGGCCAUGA